AUGGUCGACGCGACCUUGCAGUCGACUCUCUCCUCGAACAAGGCUCUCUGCUUCCUAAAGCUGUCGCGGUUCAGAGAUGCUGAGGAAAGUGCUUCAGCCGCCUUGGCGUUUGACGUCUCAAACAGCAAAGCGGUCUACCGGAGAGGUUUGUCGCGCCUAAGUCUGGGCGACCCUCGCGGUGCCGUGGAGGACUUCCAAAAAGCUUUGCGGCUAGAACCUCAGAAUGCAGAGGUUCGCCAGAAGUUGGCGGAGGCCAAACAGCAAGCAGAUGCAGUUCCCAUUCCAAAGGCAGAAAUUGCCGUUGCGGCAGGGGCUGCAAGUGCUUUUGGCAAGGACGGAGGACUGUAUAGUGAGAAGCUGGACCUGAACGAGGGAAGGCUUGCACAAUCUUCCAAGGAGCAGAGGGACUGGGUAAGCUCCAUUGAUAGCUGGAUGGAGAUCAAAGAGAUCUCCUUUGUGGAUGAGGAGGACAAGAAUGUUGUCUCCGUUUAUAUGUCCUUGCCCGGAAUCCACGAGAUCGCCACCAACAAGGUGUGCGUUUGGAUGACGGCCACCACGCUGGAGGUUCGCAUCAUCGAGCUGCGCGGGUCGAACUGGUGCUACAUGGCUCAAGAGCUGUGGGGGCAGAUAGACCCUCAGCACUCUACGUGGAAAGUUCGGAAGGACAAGCUCGUCCUCAAGCUGCAGAAGAGAGCAAGUGCUCGCAGCUGGGAUCGAUGGGAGAAGAUACGCCGUAUCUGA